AUGCCAGAAGUUACUAAAGCAACAGAUGUUUAUUUUACAUUAAAUAAUGGUAAAAAAAUUCCAGCAUUAGGAUUAGGAACUGUACCAUCAGGAGAUCCAUCAGGAGUAAAAGAUCAAGUUAAAACAGCAGUAAAAGCUGGGUUUAGAUUAAUUGAUACUGCUUGGUAUUAUGGAACUGAAAAAUAUGUUGGUGAAGCUUUAAAAGAAUUAUUUGAAGAAGGAGUAGUUAAAAGAGAAGAUAUUUUUAUAACAACAAAAGUUUGGCCAUCAUUUUAUCAUAAUCCUGAAAAAUCUUUAAAUCAAUCUUUAGAAACUUUAGGAUUAGAUUAUGUCGAUUUAUUUUUACAACAUUGGCCAAUUGCUCUUAGUGGGGAUGAAAAUGGUAAACCACCAGGUCCAAAAGAUGAAAAUGGAAAUUUAAAAUAUGAUGAUGAUCCAGUAAAUGGUACAAAAUUUAUUGAAGUUUAUAAAAAUUUAGAAAAAAUUUUAGAAACCACCAAUAAAACAAAAUCAAUUGGAAUUUCAAAUUAUUCAUUAGAUAGAUUAAAAAAAUUAUUACCAGAAAUUAAAAUUACACCAGUUGUAAAUCAAAUUGAAUUUCAUCCUCAAUUAAGUCAACAAAAAGAUUUAAUUGAAUUUAGUGAAAAAAAUAAUAUAAGAAUUGAAUGUUAUUCAGGUUAUGGAGGUACAGGAGCUCCUUUAUUAAAAUUACCACUCGUUAAAGAUUUAGCUUCAAAAUAUAAUGUAACAGAAAAUGAAAUUAUAAAUGCUUAUGAUAUUUUAGAAGGUAGAAUUAUAAUACCAAGAUCUUCAAAUUUAGAAAGAAUUAAAAAUAUUACAAAAUUACCUCAAUUAACAAAAGAUGAAUUAAAACAAUUAGAUCAAUUAGGUGAAAAAGAUCCAAAAAGAUAUGUUAAUGAUCCUUGGGGUUAUGGUAUUGGUUUCAAAGGUUGGGAAGGUGAUAAAUUAAGUGAACCAUUUGAAAAAAAAUAA